CACACACACACACACACACACACACACACACACUCAGAAUGACUCUGCUCUGAUCGGAGGAGGUGAUCUCUGAAAUUGCUCAGUGAGCACCCCUAAUUUCCCUGAUUUACGUAUCGCUGUCAAUCACACCCAAUGGAAGCCAAUCAGAAAGCCGGGGACGGGCUGGCCGGGACGCAGAAGGAGGCGUCGCUGCGGGCGCUAAUGCUACGUACCGGAUACCAGCUGCAGCAGGAGAAUGGGCAGCGGCGCUACGGAGGCCCCCCGCCCAACUGGGACGGCCCCCUGCCGGAGCGCGGCAGUGAGAUCUUCGUGGGGAAACUCCCGCGAGAUCUGUUUGAGGACGAGCUGGUCCCGCUGUGUGAGAAGUUUGGUAAGAUCUACGAGGUGAGAAUGAUGAUGGACUUUAACGGGAACAACCGAGGCUACGCCUUCGUCACCUUCACCAACAAACUGGAGGCCAAAGCGGCGAUGAAGCAGCUCAACAACUACGAGAUCAGGAAUGGCCGCCUCCUCGGAGUUUGUGCCAGUGUAGAUAACUGCCGUCUGUUUGUGGGUGGGAUUCCCAAAAUGAAGAAGCGCGAGGAGAUCCUGUUGGAGAUGAGGAAGGUCACCGAAGGGGUCGUGGACGUCAUCGUGUAUCCGAGCGCCGCGGACAAAUCCAAGAACCGCGGAUUUGCCUUCGUCGAGUACGAGAGCCACCGAGCGGCCGCCAUGGCCCGGCGCAAACUGCUGCCGGGUCGUAUCCAGCUGUGGGGUCACGCCAUCGCCGUGGACUGGGCGGAGCCGGAGGUGGAGGUGGAUGAGGACACCAUGGCGUCCGUGAAGAUCCUGUACGUCAGGAACCUGAUGCUGCAGACCACCGAGGAGACCAUCGAGAAGGAGUUCAACAACCUCAGACCCGGAGCGGUGGAGCGAGUGAAGAAGAUCAGAGAUUACGCCUUUGUGCAUUUCAGUCAGAGAGACGACGCCAUCAACGCCAUGAACGCCCUCAACGGGAAGAUAGUGGAUGGCUCUCCCAUCGAGGUGACUCUCGCCAAGCCGGUGGACAAAGACAGUUAUGUCCGCUAUACCCGAGGGACCGGAGGACGGGGGGGGUCUCUGCUGCAGACAGACUACACCGCCUACACCCUGGGACAGGUGUAUGACCCCUCAGCGGCGUACCUGGGUCCGCCCGUGUUCUACGCCCCCCAGACCUACGCCGCCAUACCGGGUCAGUUCCGCUUCCCGGCGGCAGCCAAAGCUCACGUCGGAGGUCGAGGUUUGAUCCGGACUCCCUCGGUCAGAGACAUUUACAUGACUGUACCUGUAGGGGCAGCAGGGGUGCGGGGGCUGGGGGGGCGGGGCUACCUGGCCUACGCUGCCGCAGGAAGUGUGGGGGGGGGCGGAGCCUGUUAUGGACUGAGGGCGGAUAAACAGGCCGAGGAGAAACUGUACGACCUGCUGCCCGGCAUGGAGCUCACCCCCAUGAACCCCGGAAACAUGAAGGCCGCCGCCAUCAAACCCGCCACACAGGUUCUGGAGGAGUUGUGUCAGAAGAACAGCUGGGGUCAGCCGGUCUAUCAGCUCCACUCAGCCAUCGGACCGGACCAGAGGCAGCUGUUCCUCUACAAGAUCACCAUCCCUCAGUACCCCAACCUACAUCCCUUCACGCCCGCUAAGCUGUGCGCGGCGGUAGAGGAAGCUAAAGUCCACGCUGCCGAGCACACGCUGCAGACGCUCGGCCUGCAGACCGAGGGCAACGACGCCGGAGCCUCCGCUGUGGCCUCGGUAGCCUUCCCAGGUAUGUGAAGGUUACGCUCUCGCGAGUCCGGCGGCGUCGGCGGCGGUGGCGUCGCAGCUGAAGCAGGCGGUGUCUCUGGGUCAGGAUCUGACCGCCUACGCCACCUAUGAGGGAUACCCCGCCUUCGCCGUGGCAACGCGCCACUCCGAUGGAUACGGCGUUUUCUAGAGGAGUCCAACCAGACCCGCAGCCAAAGACACGUUCACACUCAAAUCAUCCGGACAGGAAGUCAUUCCUACCAAAAUAAAAGCAUGAUUGUGUGAAUGCUCCUUUAUGCUGCAGAUUUUAAACAGGAAGACACUUUUCUAAAACGCUGGAAAACGUUCUGUCGCUCACCCUGAAACACAUUCACAUCUUUUACUUUUAUCCACUGAAUUACGAUAUUUACGAUUCCUUUGUGAUUUACUAAGUACUUUUUAGACGGCCUGUGAUUGGCUGCAGGUUUGAAUUAGUAUCUGAUAGUAUUCUGUGUUUAGUUUGUUUGCAUGUUCUAAGUAGAAUGUUUACGGUAAGGCUUAAUAGAUAGUUAUUUUUAUUAUGUGUUAUUAUCGCUAUGAUAACUGGGAUUUGUAGUUCUUCUAACGUCCACCAACUACAAGAUGGAGUUUUGCACUCUUUCUUCGUCAGUGGUUUCGAUGCUGAAUGUUUGAAGUGAAAUUGCAAAAAAACAUUUCAAAACGGAAACCAUGUUUUUAGCCACUGAGGAAUUCUGGACUCUGUAGUUCUACAAACUGUCGAUAUGUAGUUUUUUAGAUCUGAGCUUUUUCGCCCCACCACUGAAUUGAAUCAGCGUAUUUAAAACAAAGACCUGGAUGUGAACCUCAGGAACAUCUGGGUUUCUCUGUCCAGUUUCUUCUCCAACGUUUCAGUAUUUUCGUGUUCACGCCACGUGUCGUUUGUCCCGCUACUCCUUAAAAGCUCUGGAUAUUUUAAACCUCACCAGAGAAAUAAUCAUGAGGUCUUGGUUUGUUUCCGGAGGGUUUUUACGACUCGCGCCGACACCGAGCUGCGAACACGCCGAAGCAGAGACAGUAUUAAAGUGUUCGAAGCACUUAGAACUUAUUUUUUAUACACGGGAAAAAGGAUUUCCAGACGCUAGUAUAGAGUUAGUAAUUGACCUGGAAACGAGAAGCAUGUGAAAGUAAAUCCGUGCUGAUCUGUGAUUUGACUCUGAUGCCUGAUCGUCCCGAAAUAAAGAAAUGUACUCAAAUCUGA